AUGAAAGUGACGCUCCACAUCGUCUCCUUGCUUGCCGCCCUCCUGGGCAUCUUAAGCUUCACCUUCUUGGUGGUGGCCAUCGGGACUGACUUCUGGUAUGUCAUCGAUGCUUCUAAGCUGGAGAGGUCGGAGAACCACACGGAGAGGCUGAGCUCUCAUACGGGUCUUUGGAGGACCUGCGGCUUUAACAACACCUGCUUCCCUUUGGUCAACCCUUUUCGGCACAAGAGAGCAAAUCUCACCUCUUCUCACCGGCAGCUGCUAAACAUGCAUGGUGCUUUCGUGAUCCUCCUGCCACUCAGCCUCAUCCUGAUGGUCUUUGGAGCGAUGACCGGCUUCGUCAGCUUCCUGGCCCAGGUCCACUUCUUCCUGCUGGUGACGGGGCUGGUCUUUCUCUCCGGAGCUCUCUUCACGUUGGCCGGGGUCAGCGUCUACAUCGCGUACUCCAGGGCAGCCUACAGGGAAUUCCUCUUUCUUCUGGGCCGGAGGAGGCUCCUGGACGUCCUCAGCAUCCGGUUCGGCUGGUCGGUGGCGUUCGCCUGGCUCUCCUUUGCCACCGAGGUCCUGACGGGCCUGGCUUUCCUCUUGGCCGCCAGGAUAGUGGGCCUUCAGCAGAGGCGGGACCGCUCCAUUUGA